UAGAAGACUGGAUAGUCGAUGGUUUCGAUAUUUCGGUUGUAUGGUUACUUUAAUUUAUUGACAAAAAUGUAACACUUCUAUUUUAAAUUGACUAUGUUUUUACAACCGGAAUGAUAUCUGUUUUAUCCAUAUUAAGUUAUUUGUGUAAAUAUUGAAGGUGUUUUUAUUCAAGUAGGAACUCAAAUUGACACAAUAAGUGAAAAUGUCUUCGAAGAGUGAAUUAAAAAAGUUGUCUGAAGAAAGUUUAACUAGACAACCUGAAGAAGUAUUUGAUAUAAUAUGCAAGUUAGGAGAAGGAUCUUAUGGAUCAGUUUACAAAGCACUACAUAAAGAAAGUGGACAAGUACUUGCUAUUAAACAAGUACCUGUUGAUACAGAUUUACAAGAAAUCAUAAAAGAAAUUUCUAUCAUGCAACAGUGUGAUUCUCCGUAUGUUGUUAAAUAUUAUGGAAGUUACUUUAAAAACACUGAUUUAUGGAUUGUAAUGGAAUAUUGUGGAGCUGGAUCUGUUAGUGAUAUCAUGAGGUUAAGAAAGAAAACCCUUCAAGAAGAUGAAAUAGCAACGAUUCUCAGUGAUACCUUAAAAGGUUUAGAAUACCUUCAUUUAAGAAGGAAAAUACAUAGAGACAUUAAAGCAGGAAAUAUUUUACUCAAUAAUGAAGGACAUGCGAAAUUAGCUGAUUUUGGAGUAGCAGGACAAUUAACUGAUACAAUGGCAAAACGUAAUACAGUUAUAGGAACUCCAUUUUGGAUGGCUCCAGAAGUUAUACAGGAAAUUGGAUAUGACUGUGUCGCAGACAUAUGGUCUCUUGGUAUAACUGCUUUAGAAAUGGCAGAAGGCAAACCACCAUAUGGUGACAUACAUCCAAUGAGAGCAAUAUUUAUGAUUCCAACUAAACCACCACCUAGCUUUAGAGAACCUGAUCAGUGGAGUCCUGAAUUUAUAGAUUUUGUCAGUGGGUGCCUUGUUAAAAAUCCAGAAGAAAGAGCUACAGCAACUGAGUUGCUAAAUCACGAAUUUAUAGGUAAUGCAAAGCAACCAAGUAUUCUAAGUCAAAUGAUUGCGGAGGCUCAUGAAAUACGGGAAAAACAAAGCGUACAUCGUGCUCAUGUUAUAAAUAAUGUGGCAAUUAAAAAUCAAAAUCAAACAGAAGAUUCGGACGAAGAAGAUUGUAGUGGAACAAUGAAACCUCUGCCAGAAGACACGGGAACUUUAGUACCGAGUCAUGAUCUUCCAGAUACAGGUACACUUGUUUCAGCAAUGUUAGACUUGGGAACAAUGGUUAUUAAUAGUGACACCGAUACCGAAGCUACUAUGAAACGACACAAUACAGGAUCAGUGGAAUCCGGAAAAAAAUAUCGGCCACUAUUUUUAGAUCAUUUCGACAAGAAGGAAGCACCUGAAAUAGGAAAGGGAAAUGGACAAAUUCUUGGAGUACACAAUCAAGAUAAUGAAAAUAAAUUAGAAUUACGAAGCCCUACAGAAUCUCAGAGGUUUCAAAGUCAUCUACAAUUACAACUUAACCAGAUUUCUCAUCCUGUACAAGAACAACCUCAUAAUAACAUAUCCAAGUUCCAAAAUGUUUUUACAGAACGUGAUUUCGAUUUCAUAAACAACCAUAUCCUGCAGCUGAAGUUUCUCUCAUACGAGGAACUACAGCAACGAAUGGCUAAUCUGGAUGCAGAAAUGGAAAGAGAAAUUGAUGAGUUGAGAAGAAGGUACCAAACGAAGAGACAACCGAUUCUUGAUGCCAUGGAUACGAAGCGAAAACGUCAGCAAAACUUCUAACAGUUUGGUUACUUUUUUUUAUGCAAAUAAGUGUGAUGAUGAUAGAUAAAGGGUGUACAGUUGUAUAAAUGAAUAGAUUUUAUUCAUCUCGUUCUUAGUUUCAUCAAAGAGAAGAACAUUGUUUACUGGCUAAAUGUCUACCUGAAAAAAAUAAGUAAUAACAAUUAAAAGUAUUUUCUUCUGAAACAAUGUUUUAUCUCUUUUGGAAUCAAGUACGAGUAAUACUAGCCAAUAGCCUCACGUCACCAAUGUAAAUUAUUAUACAUGAUUUAGGUGAACAAGUAAUCAUACUUAAUUUUUUGUCAUUAUGUUUAUCUAUGUACUGUUAUGCUAUUAUUAUAGAAAUAUUAUAAAAUCGCUUUAAUAUUUUUUUUUAAAUUAAAACUCACAGAUUGAUAAUAUAAAUGAGAAUAAUUAUACCAUGUUCGCAAUUUUAUUUUUGGUGUAAAAAGAAAUUGUGAAAUUGAUAUUUGAUUUUCAUCUUAUGCUAGUCACGUAUUAUGCCAUUUAUUUUACUAAUAAUAUUACAUUAUUAAUAUCAUCACUCACACGAAACUUACGCAUGGAAGUUAGUCCGAAAAUAUAUUUGUAUAAGCUUAUACGCUAUUGUGUCGUUUACUUAUGAAACAAUUUCAAACAAAUGAUUGAACUUAGAACAUAUUGAAAAAUUUUUUCCUUUACUGCCAUAGAUAUGUUGAACGUUUAUCUAUUGAUAUAAUUAAGUUACAAAAUACCCAAUUUUAAAGUUUCAUGAAUACAAAUCAGAAAUCUUUUAAUAAUAUUAUUGCACCAUGCAAAAUUACUUUGAGAGUGAUAAUAUUUCAAUGUGAAAUACUUGACAAAUUAACUUACUAAAAUUAGUCUUCCGUAUUAGAACGUAUUUUGAUAUUUCAAUUUGUUAAGUCAGUAUUUAAAUUGUUGAGAUAAUAGUCAUAAAGUAAUGGCAAGAGUCGUAAUAUUUUUUAGACCUAUAUAAUAUAAAUUAUAAUAUAAUUUUUAUUAUAGUAAAACACAUUUUUUAUUAUCAUAUUUGAAAUCUUCAAAUAAAUUAUCAUUAUUUUUUGUAUUGAUAAAGAUUUCAAUACACAUUUUAUACGUAACGCAUGUUGAAUGCACUCGUUAUAAACAUUAUGACAUAGUGGCAUAAUUUUUUGCUGACGUUGGGCUAUUUUACAAGUAGCGGAAAUAGAUUUAUAAUACUUAAAUACUAUAGCCAGAACUGACUUUUUUGUUUAUUUAGGAAGUAACAAUACAGAAUAACAACAUAUUUUUGAUAUAGAAGAUAUGCACAUUAUGGUCAGAAAAGAUUUAAAUAUUAAUUAUUAAAUCUAGUCUUUAUAUGGCCCUACCAUGACACAAAAGAUUAUUAAAACAAUAGUACUGAGUUUAUUAUUGAAACAAUAGUAUUUUCAAUAAGAAAAUCGGAUAAGUUAUAUUCUUCAAAAAAAGUAUUACUGUUCGAGAAAAAAAUAGAGCGCACCAAUCACUGCGACAUACAAUAUAUAAACGUGUUGCAAUAUUCUAACAGAAACAAAUAAAUUUUACUCAUACAGAAUUACACAUUUGAUAGAAUAUAAAUACGUUUGUAGUAACAAAUUUUCUAUGUUCAUCUUCCACGUGUAUUAUAAAAUGAAAAAAAAAAAAUCAUGCGGAAGUAAUAUUGUAAAAAAUAGUUAUGCAUUUCCAUAUAUUUACCUAUUAUCUAACAUUUAAAAAACGCGAUAAAAAUUUUUUUCUAUAAAAACUUAAAUAGUCCAUGAAAUAGAGAUCUAUGAUAUUUAUGAAUAUACAAUAAUAUACACAUGUAGAAGUCUAUUUCAUAGGACAAUAGCGAAUCUGUUUACUUUUCAUGUUAGAAAAUGCUAUCCUUUUAUAUUACAGUUUAUAAUUAUUUGUUUACGAAGUCGUUCUAAUUUUACGUUUUUCUUAUGAAUUGUACCAUUCUCUAUAUGUUUGGGCAAAAUAUACAGACUGAAGGCAGAAAAUUGUCUUUCGAACAAGCAAUUACCUAUCUAGUUAGUAUUAUAAUCUCAUUAUACAGCGUAACCUAUGAAUUACUCUUGUUUAGUAUUAAAGUAACAUAUUAUAUUAAUUUUCAUUUAAAACGAAGUAAAAUGAAAUACAUCUGUUAAUAUGACACUGCCUUUUACAUAUUUGAUUUGAACAAUAAUAAAGUAUUAUAAAUACUACAA